CGCCACCGCCCACGGCCCGCUGCUGCGGCAGGGACCUCCCCUUUAACGGCGGCGGCUCGGCGCUCCGCGGCCCCCGUGGCGGCUGCUGCUGCUACUGCGGCUCUUGCUGCCGCUGCCGCUCUACCUCCGGCAGCUGCAUCCUCGGCCCGGACCAGGUCCCCGCCUCGCGUCUCGCCAUGGUGUCCUGGAUCAUCUCUCGCCUGGUGGUGCUCAUCUUUGGCACCCUGUACCCAGCCUAUUCUUCCUACAAGGCCGUGAAGACAAAAAACGUGAAGGAAUAUGUGAAAUGGAUGAUGUACUGGAUCGUCUUUGCUUUCUUCACCACGGCUGAGACACUCACAGAUAUCAUACUCUCCUGGUUCCCCUUCUACUUUGAGCUCAAGAUCGCCUUUGUGAUAUGGCUGCUGUCCCCUUAUACCAAGGGCUCCAGUGUACUCUACCGCAAGUUCGUGCACCCGACACUGUCCAACAAGGAGAAGGAGAUCGACGAGUACAUCACACAGGCCCGAGACAAGAGCUAUGAGACCAUGAUGAGGGUGGGCAAGAGAGGCCUGAACCUGGCCGCCAAUGCCGCGGUCACUGCUGCUGCCAAGGGCCAGGGGGUGCUAUCAGAGAAGCUCCGAAGUUUCAGCAUGCAGGACCUGACCCUGAUCCGGGACGAGGAUACCCUGCCCCUGCAGGGCCCUGACGGCCGCCUCCGACCCAGCCCCAGCAGCCUCCUGGACACCAUAGAGGACUUAGGAGAUGACCCUGCCCUGAGUUUAAGGUCUAGCACGAACCAGGCAGAUACCCGGACAGAGACCUCUGAGGAUGAUGUGGGAGACAAGGCCCCUAAGAGGGUCAAAUCCAUCAAAAAAGUACCCAAAGCUGAGCCACUAGCUUCCAAGACACCGAAGACCCGGCCCAAGAAGAAGACCUCUGCUGGGGGCGACUCAGCUUGAGGUCGCAAUGCUCCACAGGCUGCAGAGCCCCUGCUCCACACUGUGCCCGUAGCCCACGUGUCUCAGGCCCUAGGGCCUUUCAGAUGGCUGUCUCUGGUGCCUGCCCAGUGGCCACUCCUCUGGAAGAGCCUGGAAAAGAGGAGGGAGGUCCUGCUGCGGGGGGUUGAGGGCAGAGGCUUGAGCAGGAGUUGAGGACUAAGCCACCCAAGGAGGUGAGGGCUCUUCAGAGCCUGAACCACCAUUCUCCCUGCUCCAGCCCUGCCCGCCCACCCAGUGCCUUGCUAAAAACCAUGGCCAUCCACUUCUCUGAGGUCCUCACAUGCACCUACUGCUCUCCAUGGGGUGGGGAUGGGGGUGCAGUCACAGCCCAGAUGGACCAGAGAUGGGCCUGAAGGCACCUGGGAAAGGGAGGGAGUGGGGAAGGCCUCUGGGAACCUGGGCAGGGGCUCCAGGCCACAGCUGUGAAUGGAGGACAGAGACUUAGUGUGUGCUUAAAUGACCAGGAUGGCCAGGCCAACUGGGGGCAUUGGGUAGGGCUGUGUGCUACAUGUGCCCAUAAAAAGAGGUGGGGUUCCAGGACUGUGUGUGUGAGAGUGUGUUUGUAUCUUUCUGGGUCUAGGGCUGGGGCAUGGGGGUGUUGAGUGUAAAAGACUUUUUCUCCAGCAGUGACCAUCUCCCACCAUCAGCCCCGCAGCCAGCUGUCCCUUCCCCCGACCCCGGCCCUCCUUUCUAGCCUCUGAGCCUCAGAGGACCCCAGCCCAUGAGAGAAUAGGGCUCCAGGGGGGGACCUCUCACGCUCCCCGUCCUCAAUCCUUUUUCGCCUCCUCUCAUUCCUGCCCUGCCCCUGGACUGGGGCAAGGCCCACCGUAGAGGCCCCUGCUGAGGUGGUUCCUUUCCUCCUCCCCUGGGGGCCCACCCUCCUUUCCCCCAUGAUCUUCUUCCUGUGCCAAGCAGACUAGGCCCCCUGUGAACAGACCCAUCAGAGCCCACUCGCUGCCCCAGCUUCUGCCCAUGACUUCUGUCAGGGCCAGGAGGGAUGUGUAAAGAAGAAAAAUUUAGGAGCCAAGGGAUUCCUAAUUCUGUGGAAAGUAGAUGCUCUUUGGACCUUUGGCCCUGGAUGAGCCAAUAAACCGAAUU